AUGUCUAAGAAGAAGCUCAUCGAAGGUGAUACCAUUGAAGUUACUCAUGGGCGUAGUGCUAUUAUGGAUAGCAAAGUUGCGGAAAAGAAAAAUAACCCGGGAGCAUGCACUAUCCAUUGCACCCUUGGGACUCAUGAGUUUCUAAAAGCCCUUUAUGACCUUGGUGCAAGCAUCAACCUAAUGUCGUAUGUCAUCUAUAAGAUACCUGGCUUGGACACUUCAACACCAACCUCGAUACGACUUUUGAUGGCAGACUGGUCCAUAGAAAGACCGGUGGAUAUAUUGUUUGAUGUCCUCAUAAAGGUGGACAAAUUUAUUCUCUCAACAGAUUUUGUUGUAUUGGAUUGUGAGAUAGACCAAAAAGUGCCUAUCAUUCUUGGUCGUCCUUUCUUGGCAACCGAGAGAGCCAUUGUCGAUCUAGAGUUGGGGGAGAUGAAAUUUUGGAUGCAAGAAGAUGAGGUCUCGCUCAAAAUUUGCAAGUCAAAGAAGCAAACCGAGGAUCUCCAAGUAGUAUCCGUGGUGGAGGUUGAAAAUGAGACAGUGAAAGAUGAGGGGUUUGAGUACCUGCCAUGA